AUUUGUGCAACGUCGCCAGUACGGAGACUAAAAAAAAUACUAAAUAAAUGAUUAUAAUUAUAAUUAAUUAAAAAAUAUAUAUUUUUGAGCUUAUAAUAAAUAAAAAUAAAUAUACUAACAAUAAUAUUGUCUUAAGUAAGAUUAAAAACCAAUAAAUUAUAAAAAUAAUAAAAUUGAAAGGUGGAUAAGAAGAGCGGCGAUUGGUUAGUUGGGAAGCCGGUGUCCUGAUCCACUGACGAAUGGAAUAAUAUUGUUUUCGCGGUCUUUGCUACAAACAGAUUGGUCAUGGAGUAAACGUGUUCAUGAAAAUAGAUGCCUAAAAGUGUAUUGAGGGUGAAUAAUAUAAAAAUAUAUAAUUAAUAUUAUUUAUUUAAAUAUAAGUGAUAAAGUAAAUGCAGUGUUGAUAAAUACUAGGUUGGAGUAAAUUUAAGAGUGUAAAAGUAAAUGGUAUUAAUUGCGUGGGUAAAUAAUUAGAGAAAGUGUCUGGUGGCAUAACGAGUAGGGAAGCGCGGCCAUUUUAUGUUAGUAUGACGUAGAGGCUGGGUGUGUAGCACAGCUUCACGUUGAACCGUCCGUGUUGAUUGUAAUAAAAAGCGAACUAACGCGAUAAACUCUGAUGCUGGUCUUGAGAUAAAUGUACGGCGUACGUACGGGAGGUGUGAUUUGUAAAUAAAGUUUGGGGCAGAAGGUGGGUCUUGUUAAGGUAGAGUAGGUUUAGCUAAGUGGUUGGCGUAGUUGUCGGCAUAAAGCACAAUCACAGAGAGCAUGAGCGAGGAAAGUAAUCCCCGUACACUUUACGUGGGUAAUCUUGACCCAUCGGUUUCUGAGGAUCUGUUAUGCACAUUAUUUUCUCAGAUCGGGCCUAUAAAGGGCUGCAAAAUAAUACGUGAACCUGGUAAUGAUCCUUAUGCUUUUGUUGAAUUCACAAAUCAUCAGUGUGCGGCUACGGCGCUCGCCGCCAUGAAUAAGAGACUCUUCCUCGAUAAGGAGAUGAAGGUUAACUGGGCCACGAGUCCGGGUAAUCAACCCAAGCUUGAUACCAGCAAUCAUCAUCAUAUAUUUGUUGGUGACUUGUCGCCUGAAAUUGAAACUCAGACACUUAAAGAGGCAUUUGCGCCCUUUGGUGAGAUAAGCAACUGUAGAAUUGUACGUGAUCCUCAGACCCUAAAGAGCAAAGGGUAUGCCUUUGUGUCGUUUCUUAAAAAAUCGGAAGCUGAAGCUGCGAUAAAUGCUAUGAAUGGACAGUGGUUGGGUUCACGGAGCAUUAGGACAAAUUGGUCCACCAGAAAACCACCGCCACCGAGAUCCGAAAGACCAAGGCACACAAAUAAUAGUAAACCCAAUUAUGAAGAGGUAUUUGCACAGAGUAGUCCAACAAACUGCACAGUCUACUGUGGUGGAUUUACAAAUGGCAUAACUGAAGACCUAAUUAACAAGACCUUCUCUCACUUUGGUACUAUUAAUGAUAUUAGAGUUUUCAAGGACAAAGGCUAUGCUUUCAUUAAAUUUACGACGAAGGAAGCGGCAACACAUGCUAUUGAGGCUACGCAUAAUACAGAAAUCAAUGGUAGUGUCGUUAAAUGUUUUUGGGGAAAAGAAAAUGGUGAUCCCAACAGCGUUGGACCAAAUGCUAAUCAACAAGCUCAACAGGUGACUGCCGGAGCUGGACAAUAUCCUUACGGUUACGGUCAACAAAUGAGUUAUUGGUAUCCACAAGGAUACCCACAGAUGCAAGGUCAGUUCUUGCAGCCAGCUCAAUACUACAGUCAGUACUAUAGUCAGCAGCAAGCUCAGCAGUACAUGAAUAGCAUGAGAAUGCCGGCACCGGCUGCUGGCGCGUGGCAACCUGGACAAGCAACAGCCGCACCCCCAACUGGAACAGCUGCUCUUCAGCCAGGACAGCAAACUAUGGUUUAUACAAUGCCGCAGUAUCCUACACAAUGAAACCGAUCUUGCAGAUACUAAGUAAGACCAAUCGAUUUUCGAGACAUGUGACAAAUCAGAUAAAAAAUGGAUUUAAAAUAAAAGUUUUAUUUAAGAAAACAGUAAUAAAUAAUUUAUCGAUAAUAUUCAAACAGGGGCUUCUUUGAGUAAUCAUUCUAGCACGUGUCUGGUACAAAAAAACAAGUGCGUUCACGCUCUCUCCAUCAUUAAUCAAGAAUUAUUUACAAAACAUUUAAUAAAUAAAUAAAAUAAACAUUGAUACAAGAUACAUUAUUAAUUACACAUUGAUCUUGACGAUUCUGCAUAUCGGAAUAAUUUGUUAUUAUAUAUUCUUCGGGACUAAAAGUAUUCGUAUACUAAAAUAAAAAAAAAAAUAAAAAAAAAAGAAACAAAAAAUAAAAAAAAUAAAAUAAAAUAAAAUAAAAAAAAAAAUGUUCAUCUAUAUUUCCAUAUCCAAUUGUUAAAUCACUGCAAGUGAACUUAAACUAUUGUUCAGUGAAUAAAAUUGCUAGUUUUCAGAAAUGAAUUUUUAAUUAUAAUUGUGCGAGCGUGACGUGAACUGUAUAAUAUAUUUCAUUGUAGUUUUGCUACGACAGAGCCCUGUACUAAUUUAAUAUUUAAUGUCAUAUCCAUAUUAAAUAAUUUGAGUUUAAAAAAUUUUUUCGUUUGUCUAAAUAUUUUGUUUAUUUGUGAAGCGUGAUUACCGUUUUUUCCUUUCUGUAAAGACUAAUUUUUUUUUUUUUUAAUGACUUUUCGAUGUGAGAUUAGUUUUAGUCUCAAAAAUAAAUAUAAAAAUUGGAUUAACAUUGCGAGAUGAAAAGUCUAGGGCUCUCAAUGUGGAGCAAUCAUAGCUAAUGUAGAAAAUUGACAAAAAAAAAAAUAAUAAUAAAAUGACAGUGCGUUUAUUGUCGGUGGUUGUGAAACAGCGUAUGUUUCACCAUCUUAAAAAAUUAUUAAAUUAUAAUAAUUUUAUUAAUGGUUUGAGUAAUAAAAUAUUCAAAUUUAUAAAUUGUA